GGGAGGCCGGGCGCCCGGGCAGGAGUCCGGCCGGAGCGGAGCGCGCCCGGCCCCAUGGACAGCUCGGCAGUCAUUACUCAGAUCAGCAAGGAGGAGGCGCGGAGCCCGCUACGGGGCAAAGGUGACCAGAAGUCAGCGACUUCUCACAAGCCCCGGAGCCGGGGCAUCUUCCACUCGCUUUUCUGCUGCGUCUGCCGGGAUGAUGGGGAGGCCCUGCCCGCCCACGGCGGGGCGCCCCUGCUCGUGGAGGAGAACGGAGCCGUCCCCAAGCAGACCCCAGUACAGUACCUGCUCCCCGAGGCCAAGGCCCAGGACUCGGACAAGAUCUGCGUGGUCAUCGACCUAGACGAGACCCUGGUGCACAGCUCCUUCAAGCCCGUGAACAAUGCCGACUUCAUCAUCCCUGUGGAGAUUGAUGGGGUGGUCCACCAGGUCUACGUGCUGAAGCGGCCCCACGUCGAUGAGUUCCUGCAGCGGAUGGGCGAGCUCUUCGAGUGCGUUCUGUUUACCGCCAGCCUAGCCAAGUACGCAGACCCCGUAGCUGACCUGCUGGACAAGUGGGGGGCCUUCCGGGCGCGGCUGUUUCGAGAGUCAUGCGUCUUCCACCGGGGGAACUACGUGAAGGAUCUGAGCCGGCUGGGCCGCGACCUUCGGCGUGUGCUCAUCCUGGACAACUCACCCGCCUCGUACGUCUUCCAUCCAGACAACGCCGUACCAGUGGCCUCGUGGUUUGACAACAUGAGUGACACAGAGCUCCAUGAUCUCCUGCCCUUCUUCGAGCAGCUCAGCCGCGUGGACGACGUGUACUCAGUGCUCAGGCAGCCACGGCCUGGCAGCUAGUGAGGCGCUCUGGGGCCAGGACCUGCCCCUGACCCGCGCCCACACCCCUCACACGAGGACUCUGCCUUAAGAAAACCCAGUGGCCAUGCCACCACCUCAGCGCCAUGGGAAGUGGGCGUCUCCCCCACCAGCCUGGGCAGGCCUCAACGGGGGCAGCAGGCUGCACCGAGGGCCAUGAGCCCCUGGGUCCCUGUGUCAGUGCCUUAGAACCUCCAUCCUCUCAGGGGACCCCUGGGGCCCCACGUGCCGCUCCCCCUUUCUCGCUUGCUCUCUCUGUGCUGCCAUGUUCUCUGCUGCCAAAUUGGGCCCUCGGCCCCUUCUGAUUCUGUUUGGGGGCGGGGCAGGGUUCCUGCUGCCCCAUGCCUUCAGCCCCCAGCCUGGGAACAGUGGAUACCAAGUGCCUUGUGUAGAGCCCUCUUUCCUGCCGGGUUUUCCCCGGCCUGGACCAC